AUGCUUCAUUCAUCGCGAAUCUACAAUGGUCGGUGUUCAAAUUUCGCUCUCUGCUCGAAUAAUUCGAUCUAUAUCACUGAGAUUCAGCAAGGCGUUUUCCGUAUCAGGAUUUCACUUGCAGUGACGCUGUUGAGCCCGUGGGCACUACAUGCGAAGCAACUGCCUAACAAUUACCACAAUGAUUUUGCAUGCUGUAACCUGGGAAGACGAGGAAGAAACGUUAUUGCAGCAAAGUUAUUGCCUACGAAUCAUGUAUCGGCUUUGCGCGAGGAUCUCGUCAAGGACGCGGCAUCCGCAGACGGACAAUGGCGUUCCAUGUCCGAAAUAGAAUCCGUACGGACGGGCUACUCCGGCGGCAAAGAUGUGUCCGCAGGUUUAGUUCCUUUCUACCCAGAAAUAAAGUUCACCCAGGACCGCGAAAUUGUUUCCUGCAGUGCGUUUAAGAAUCAGCUCAGCCCCUACGACUGUAAAAGAUGGCACAGAUUCGUCUUACAUCUAAUCUCUGCUCAUUUUACUGACCGAAACUUGGGACAAAGGAAUGGCCAGCAUAAGCCACCAAACAAUGUCGUAAAUCAGUACAGUUGCAGUGUUCGGCCCAUCACCGACUCCGGUACACAAUCGCUACACCAAGCGUUGACAGGACAAGACGCCGUGCUAUGUGUCCUGGGCCAUACUGUAUCUGACAGGCAGGUUGAUGUGAUCAAUGCUACUGCGAAGGUCGGCGUCAAGACGUUCAUCCCAAGCGACUUUGGAACUCCCAAAGGGCCCAACGACGUCCCGGAGAACCGCGCUAUCCUGAGGGAAAAGGCACAAGCACGAGCGCUUCUGGAGGAGAAGGCCAAAGAAGACGACAAGUUCACUUGA